CGUUCUUGGCAACGCUGGCUCGCGUGCAUUGAAAAAGCAAAGCGACUCGUUCGGGCUCGGCUAAACAAAAAUUAACUGUGUUUUUCGCUGAAAUCAGUGUCGAAAAAGUUAAAAGAGAGCGCAAAUCAAUAUAGUGAUUGUGAAAACAGUGAAAGUUGAUUGGUGGAAGUGGAUUUACAUGUUUAAAACUGCCGGGAAAUAUUUAGCUUCUGGGCUGCUGCUGGACAUCUUUCUUCGUUCUGUGUGAAAUACUUGGCAUAAGGGGACAGCGUUCCAUCGCUUUAGUAGGUGUGAAAGAGAUACCGGAUUGUAAAACUUGCCGGGAGUGAGCGAAACGACGACGAGGCAGUAAACCAGAAAAAGUUUCGGCGUUAUAGCAAAGGAAAAAUGGAUGCGGAAUCGAACUUGACGGAGAAGAUCACCGUUUCUUCCAAUAGUGAUCCCACACCGAGUGAGCCGAUUGAUCCGGCUGUGCUAAAAGAAAAGGUUGCCGAUGAGCUAAAAUCAGCUGCCACGAUGAAGGGCGGUGGAGACGGGUUGGAUUCUCCACCUGAGAAGGAUGAUCUCCUAGAACAGCUAGAUCGUAUUGAAGCUAGUUCGGAAGUUGUGAAACCAGCAGCUGGAGGUGCAAAUCCCGACAACGAUGUCGAUAUGGAGAACGAUGAUCUGAUUCAGCGGCUGGAAGCCAUGGAAAAAGGUGAUGAAGAAGAAACAGCUUCCAACAGCGGGAAAAUGAACGAUGCGACUGCUGAUGUGGCCCAUCAGAAUGGACUGGAAAAGAGUAACGAAGCGGAUUCUUUAUCGGAGGAAGAAAAGCCAGCAAUCGACGAUGACAAAAUGGAUAUCGUCGAUGGAGGUACGGAGAAAAAGGAUGAUGUUUCUUCGUCUGAUUCAGCCGCAGUAGGAACGACAACGAACGGUGGACCAGAUCAUGAGCAACCGGAUGAACCAUCGAGCUCUGUCAAGCGACGACAUUCAGAAGACGAAGAAGCGGUUGAACCUUCAAGCAAGAAGCUUCAUGUAGAAGAAAGUUCCACUCAUAGCAUUGAAAAUCCGGUAGAAAAAAACAUACCAGUUCCGGAAAAGCCGACGGAAAAAAUCGAUGAACCCACGGUAGAAAGCGAUAAAACUGCUGAACCAGAGAAAGUUGAGGAAUCUCCAACCGAAAAUGAGCAAUCUGCAAUUGCCGAUAAAACAGUAGAAAAAUCGGUUGUAGAACCAGAACUUUUGGUGGAAGAAAAAUCAUCGAUCACUGAUGAUAAAUCGAAAGCGGAGACACAUGACCCUGCAGAAGAAUCUGUACCUCCACCGGGUCCGGAUCCUGUGGACUUGGCUUCACCGGAAAUUAAGGAAACUCCCGAUAAUCCUAGUGUGGUUGACAUUCCUUCGCCUGAUGACAGGGAACCAAAAGAAACUACAGACUCUGUAGCACCUGCAAGUAUGCGAUCAGAAUCGGAAGAAAUAAUAGACGAGGAAAAGCUUCUGGAAAGUGAUUCUAAAUCUACUGAGUCCGACGUGGAUCUAACAUCUCCGGCUGAGACCGAAAAACUAGUGGAAUCAGAAUCAAUUGCAGUCGAUCAACCACAGGAAAAAACAGAAACAGAACAGGCUGAACAAGAGAAAAAACUUGUCGAUCAAAAUCCGGAAUCAAAAGAAGUUGUUUCCAACGAAAAACCAGAUCAAACAUCUGCCAACGUUGCUGACAACGAAAAUGUUGAAGAUGGACUAGAAGUAAACGAUCAUUCUUCCCAAGACAAACAGGACAACAUCGAAACCGCCGCAGAAGUACAGCCUGAAAAAGCACCAGUCAUUGAAGAAACAUCCGUAUUAAACCCCCCGCCAGAAGAUGUUCCUAAAACGGUAGAAAAAGAAGAUGCCCAACCGGAGCCAUCCUGCGAUCCCCAGCAGGAAAACGAAGUAGAACCGAAAUCCGAGUCGCUUCCAGAUACCGAACCUAACACGGAGCCAAAACUAUCUCCGGUGGAAGAGCAACCAUCUAGCUCACUUCCGGUAUCCGAAUUGAAAAAUGAAAACACCAUCACAUCUUCCUCGGAACCGAAGGAACCCGUUGAAACAAGUUCCACCGACACGAUCGAGUCAGCUGAACAGCCUACCGAAGCCGACACGGUUACCAGCUCCGAUGAGAAACCUUCAGCAGUGGAUGCAGAUCCAGUCGUAGAGGUUGACUCAACACCCGAAGUGGAGGUUGCAGUUCCUGCUGUUGUUGGCAAGCAACCGGAAGAAUCCGACGAAGCCAUGGAAGUAGAUGUGGAACCCACGAUUGAAGAGCCUUCUCAGGUGGCAGUUUCCGAAGCUCCUUGCAUUAAAAAGCAAGCUUUCGAAUGCACAGAUAAGGAUGAUGAAGAGGUCAAGGAAACGACUUCAGCACAAGACGAUGUAGUGUCGGUUCCUUCCCCGAAACCAGCUGCCGUCGCUUCGAACCCAAUCGAAAAGGCAGAAUCCAUGGAGGUUGAUUCCGAUCCAGUACCUACACAAAGCGGUCCCAGCGAUGGAGAUGUGACGGAAAGUAUGAACACUACCAGCGACGAGGCAUUCGAAUCUCUUGACAAGGCCGACUCAGCCAUCGUUGCCGACAGCCAGAGUGAUGCUGAUGUUGCUACAACAUCAGCGCAUAACAAAAACCUGGAUGCAACGGCUAGAUCCGAGAGUGAAUCCAAAGUGGACACAGCGAAACUGCUCGAUGACAGUAUUGAAUGUUCACUACCAACUUCCAGUUCGGAUAAACUGGCCGAUCGGCUGAAGCAACGUUUGGAUAUGAUCUCGAAUGGAAGCAGCACACCGAAUACUGCCGUCAGUUCCAGCAAUGUUUACAAUUCUACACCGAUUCAGAAGCAGUUUGAAAUCAGUUCGGAAAAUGUAAGCAAAAUUACCCGCCACUCGGUGGAUAACAGUCAGCAGGAGGAAGACGAACACAGCGCUAUUGUUGCGGACAAUUCCACCGUCGACGAAAAGGAUACCACAGUUGCGUCCACAUCGGGGGUUACCGGUUCAUCCGAGAUGGAAAAGGAAACAUCCACCGCGACCAAGGACACGGUCACCGUUGUCAAAGAUGAGAGCAGUUUGAAGACAACGGAAUCAUCCGAGGUGGAUUCAUGUACCGCUUCUUCCGCUCUCAACACGGCCGACGAGACGAACAUGUACGCCACCAAUGCGCGAAAAUUCAACGGCAUCUCUUCCACUUCCGGCUCGGAGCUGGACGAUAAAUCGGGCGCCCCAUCGACGAGCAUUACGACGGCAGCAGCCACCACAACCACGACCGUCAACAAGCUGGACCUUACUGCGGCUUUGACAUCCGAGGAAGCCUUGUACGAGGUUAGUGUUUGGUUCGAAGGAACAGAGCUGCAAUUUUUGUCCGUCGAAAGACUGGAACACAAAUCUCCGCCAGUUGGUGCUGCUGCUGGAACGGCAGUGACUGGUUCGACGCAUGACCUAACCGAUUCCUCAAAACAGUCCUCCAACGGAAGCGUCGGUAGUCUCGGUCCGUUUUCACUUCCACCGCCCCGUCCGGCAAUAGAUUCGGCUAUGUCACAUUCGAGCACAACCGAGAGCUCCUCCGGAACGAGUCACCUCAAGGCAUCACUGUCCAAAAGCAAACAUACAGUACGAGGUGCCAAGGCGCUUGCGAGUCUGAUGGUUGAGGAGUUCACCAAAAUUAAACGAGCCCUCGGCAAAGACGAUGAUCUUUCCGAUGCUGAACCGGACAAGUCAACGGCAAUGAAAACGCCCAAGGGUCGACCUUCUUCUGCUGCGAAGAAGACCACUGCCGGACGAAAGCGGACACAUUCGGACGUUGCCGAAGAGGAAGAACCAAAAGCGAAACAAUCGGCAAAGCAAGCGAAAAAGGGUCAGAAGUCCGUCGUCACCGAAUCGCCCGAAGUCGACGAAACCCCCAAGGAGGACACCUCGAACUACCUCUGCUGUCUGGCACGAUGGUCCGAUCGGAAGUAUUACGCUGGAAAGGUUACGGGAUUCAAAGGUGACAACAAAUAUAUGGUACUAUUCGAGGAUGGUGCUUCCAAAGCGCUCUCAAAGGACGUGAUUGUGAUUGGCGAUAAAGACACACUGCCAAUCAAGGGACACUCCGUCCAUGCAUUAACGGGUGGAGACACGUACGAGCCCGGUUUCGUACAGGAAAUCAAGCGAAAUGAAGACAACGAAGUGGUGUACGCAGUGCUUCUCGAUGAGGGAACCGUCGAAGUGACUGCCUCCGAUUUGUAUCUGACUGAAGAACAGGCAAAGGCGAUAAACAAGGCGUGCAAGGCACUGGAAACCGGCGAUGAAUUGCAAUCACCUCAGAGCAGUGGAAAACGGGGUGGAAGCGCUGCCAACACUCCACUUCUCAAAACUCCGGACGAACCGUUGGUGGCCAGUGCCGAGAAGGGAUCUCGGUCAACCAGGAGCAAGCGAGGUGGGGACAAACCGCAGACACCGGUCACACCGGAGGCUGGCUACUCGGGCGGUGUCGCCAAGAAGGGACGGCGUGGUCGAAGGCUUUCAUAAACGCCCCCAUUUCGGUGCGAUGCUCAAGCCCGGCAUACGUAGUUUACAUAAGUAAUAUGACAUCAAUAUGCAGAUAUAAAACCAACACAAUUUAUAGUCAAUAGAAGCAACAAAUACUAAAUUUUAGCUAUAUUCCAAUCAUAAUCAAAGUUGAGGAAAGUGCUACCGUGACAAAAAAAAAACAAACAAACAAACAACAACUGCAACAAAGCAGUGGGAGCGUCGCUGAAAAGUGAAGAAAAAAGGAAAUUAACUUUUAGAUAAAGAAAAACCCUGCCACCACACAACAGUCACCAAUCAUGCUCUAGAGUAUUAUUGAAAUAAUACUAUACUUAACUAAAUUAUACUGAACAUAACGAGAACGUCGCGAUUUGGCGCAGCUUAUAAAGAAUAUCAAAUUUCGCACUAGGCGUGAUUUAGGCAGAUCGAAUGUGUCAUGUUUUAGCAUCCAGGAAAAUCAAACGAAGGCUCGCCAAUUUUUGCAUUUCGGUGUUACUGCGAUUCAGAGAAGGAAGGCGGUGCUCCUCAGAAAGCUUAGUUUUACUCGCAAGCCAACACCGCGACAGUGACAAACACGCGAAUGAAUUUGGUCAGAUUUUUUGGCAUUCCUACAAACCAACAGAAACUAGGUCGGAACAAAUUGACUUUAUUUAUAAUUUUCUACUACUUUUAAACGGUAGAUUUAGGUUAACAUUUCUACAAUCAGUUCGCACGCUAACGGAAACGGAUUUAUUUCAAUGACAAAGCGUGUGAAUCUUCGUCUAUCUUUUAGUCUCUUACUGUACCAUUUACGACGAGAUAGUUUGACAGCGAAUGUACUAGGUUUUAGAAAUCUAAACAAGUGAAAUGUUUUGUGACGAAACAAUACAAUCUGUGUUCUAUGAUAGUCUCUUUUUUUUUCUUCUUCCCUCGAUCCGAUGGUUCUAAGAAUUUCUUCCGCACUGGACAGGGCAUAGUAUUUACUAGCAAAGCCACCGAGUAAGGAAAGCGGGAGAAAAAAAAAACGCGCAGUGUGAGGUAAAUGUUCCAGACUCCUUUUCAAUAGACCAGGAUAAUAUAUAAAAAAAAACAAAACAAAACUACAAAUCUCCGUCGUAAUUCGACUAGUAGCAUAGCGUAUAAGAGAAUGAACGUAUCUUCUAUUGUAGCAGGGUAAUCGAGAGACAGCAACCAGCAACAGAAAAAAAGUAUACAGAUAAAACAGCAGAUAGAGAUGGAUGUUCGUUUCUCGUUGGGCACUAAGCGGAGAACUAAAAAUAUGAAACGUUCCAAAACAAAUGCAAAAUUGGCUUACAAAGUUAAAACACUCUCGUAGUACACACUCUCUAUUGACGUAACUAAAUUAGUCCCAGCAGUGGUCGCUGUUUAUGAUCGUUAAAUCGAGUGAAAAGGUGUGAAAAAUCUCUUGCAACUGCUAUAUCGGUAUUAUUUAAAGGACACUAAGUAGAAUCAGAAUAUACAGUACAUAAACAAACAAGCAGAAAAAAAAAUAAACGCUAACUAAAUAAGCGUUGAAAGGAGCAAGAAACUAUACUGGAAAUAGAAAUUUUAAAAAUUAAAGAAUACAAAAAUAAAACGUAAAUAUUCUUAACAAA